AUGGUGGACAAAGACUUUAGUACGCAGGCGCUGGCGAGCGAGGCCCCUCGAGCCGGGUAUAGGAGGCCGAAAGGCGCCGGCUCGGACAGCCCCGAGGCGAAGGACCCGCGGUGGGAAGGCGGGGCGCACACGGCUCUCGCGCAUGCGCAGUCGGGCGCAGCAGCGACGAGAGGCGGCUGGAGGGAGUCGCUCCAGGGAGGCGCCGGGUCCCGCGGCCGUUUCGCCCCGUUCCGAGCCCGCAGCGUCUCCCCGGCCGGGCCUGGGCGCGUCUCCCCCCCGCGGGGACCGGAAGUGACGGUGAAGGAUUUCAAAGAGCACAUUGCGGGCUCAGUAAAUAUCCCCGCGGAGAAACAGCGUCUGAUUUACCAGGGGCGAGUCCUGCAGGACGACAAGAAGCUUAAAGAAUAUAAUGUUGGGGGCAAAGUGAUCCACUUGGUGGAACGUGCCCCUCCCCAGGCUCAGUCGCCCACCUCUGGGGGUCCCUCUGGAGCCAGCUCUGCCUCAGCCCCCCACAAUGGCAUUGGUGGCCGGGGAGCCGGUGCCACCGUCCACGACCGUAACGCCAACAGCUACGUCAUGGUCGGGACCUUCAAUUUACCCGUCAGCAUUAUGGACCCGCAGCCGCCCUCACAGAUCGACGGAUCCUCUGUGGAUGUUCAUAUUAAUAUGGAACAGGCACCCAUACAGAGUGAGCCCCGCGUCCGCCUGGUGAUGGCACAGCACAUGCUCCGAGACGUGCAGGGCAUCCUGGGCCGGCUGGAGGGUCGCACCAAUGGGCAGCCGCAGCCCGCGCCAGAGAAUGCCCCCUCGGCCCCUGACGAGCCGCCGCCCUCCACCAGCCCCGGCCAGCGGGAGCCAAUGGAGGCAGCUGAUUCGGAGCCCCCAGCCGCGCCCGGCGAGGAGAACCCCCAGCCUGGGCCGGAGCCACCCCCAGCUGCUGAAGGGGCCCCCAACCACCCGGCGCCGGCCGAGUACGUGGAGGUGCUGCUGGAGCUGCGCAGGGUGGAGGAGCAGCUGCAGCCGUUCCUGCAGCGAUACGAGGAGAUCCUGGCCACGGCCAGCACCACUGACUACAACAACAAUACGGAGGGGCGCGAGGAGGACCAGCGCAUCAUCAACCUGGUGGGGGAGUCCAUGCGCCUGCUGGGGAACACCUUCGUGGCCCUGUCUGACCUGCGCUGCAACCUGUCCUGCAGCGCCCCCCGCCACCUCCACGUGGUCCGGCCCAUGUCCCACUACGCUGCCCCUAUGGUGCUGCAGCAGGCUGCCAUCCCCAUACAGAUCAAUGUUGGGACCACAGUGACCAUGACGGGGAACGGUGCACGCCCCUCCCAGCCUGGCUCCGAGGGACCUGCCCCCACCCAGCCCUCCCCUCCGGUCCUGGCUGGAGCCCCCAGCCCCGGGGAGCCAGGCCGGGGCCCAGAGAGCCAGCUGGGGCCUGGGGCGGCCCCAACUCAGACCCAGGGCUCCCAGACCAGCCACCCCCGGGUCAUCCGCAUCUCCCACCAGACAGUUGAGCCCGUCGUCAUGAUGCACAUGAACAUACAGGAUUCUGGGUCUCAGGCACCAGGGGGCGGCUCUGGGGGCACCGUUUCCAUGGGCACUGCUGGACCAGCCGGGCAUGGCCCGGGCAUAGCAGAGGCGCUUUGCGGCUAUCCACCUGGCAGCCGGUUCUCUGUGGCUCAGGGCAGUGGCUCAUCUUCGGCGUCGUCUUCCUCCUCCUCCUCCACCACCACGACCACCUCGUCGGCCUCCUUCCCGGCCCCGGCCUCCCCGCCCACGGCCUCGGCCAGCGCAGCCACCACCAACACUGCCACCACCGCGGCGGGGGGCAGCUCUGCCGGGGCGCCAGGGGGCCCCGUGCCCUCCACCUCCUCCUCGGCCCAGCCGCCCCCGCCCGCUGACGAUCUCCACUUCUCCCAGCUCCUGGGCAACCUGCUGGGGGCGGCGGGCCCGGGCGUGGCUGGCGUGGGCUCCCCCACCAUCACCGUGGCCAUGCCUGGCAUGCCCGGCAUGCCCACCUUUCUGCAGGGCAUGACAGACUUCCUGCAGGCCACGCAGAUGGGGGCCGCCCCCCCACAGGUGCCAGAACAGGCAUCACCCUCUGCCCCUCCCCCCCCACCGCAGCCAGAGGCCCCUCCAGCCCCUGCCCUGCCUCUGAUGUCUGAGCGGGUGUCAGGCGGGGAGCGGGGGCGGGGCCGCCCCCCUGGGGGCCCCGAGGCCCUGACCCCCGAGUUCUUCAUCAGCGUGGUGCAGGGGGUGCUGUCGUCCAUGAUGGGCUCGCUGAACGCCCAGCAGGGCAGCACCGAGAGCAUCGCCAGCUUCAUCCAGCGUCUCAGCGGCACCAGUAAUCUGUUUGAGCCGGGCACUGAGGGCGCCAUUGGCUUCUUCGGGGACCUGCUCUCGCUGAUCUGCCAGAACUUCUCCAUGGUGGACGUGGUGAUGCUUCUCCAUGGGCAGUUCCAGCCGCUGCAGCGCGUCCAGCCCCAGCUGCGCCGCUUCUUCCACCAGGAGUACCUGGGGGGGCGGGAGCCCUCGGACCACAACGUGCGGGUGGCCACCCACAGCUUGAUCACUGGCCUGCAGGAAUACAUCCGCGAGAGCUUCGCCUCAGUGCGGGUGCAGGAUGGGGUCGACAUCACCCGGACCAACCUGGAGUUCCUGCAGGAGCAUUUCAGCCGCAUCGCCACCCACAUCCUGCGCUGCGCCGACCCCACCUUCGGGUGCCGGCUGCUGGAGCUGUGUAACCAGGGCCUGUUCGAGUGCCUGGCGCUGAACCUGUACUGCCUGCGGGGGGAGCGGGGCGCCCUGACCGCCGUCAUCAACGACCGCAUCGUGAGUGCCCCCAGCCCCCCACAUAGCCCCAGGGCCCCCCCGGCCAGGAUUGUGUACGACGCCUGCCUGAUGGGCAUGCCAGCCAAGCGCCGCAAGGUGAGCCCCCCAACCGCACCCCCCGGCCGAGCCCCUCAGCUGCUGAGCGACGCCUGCCUGAUGGGCAUGCCAGCCAAGCGCUGCAAGCUACUGAGCGAUGCCUGCCUGACGGGCAUGCCAGCCAAGCGCUGCAAGACCAUGCGGGGCGAUGGCCCCCAGCUGCUCCUGUCCGAGGCCGUCAGCCGAGCUGCCAAGGCCACCGGUGUCAAGCCCCUGAGCGGCAGCGAGAGCCUGAGCCGGGAGCUGGCCGAGCCGGUGCUGCAGGAGGGCUACCGGCAGCAGCUCUGCGCUGACCUCCAGAAGCGGCUGCGGGAGGAUCCCAGCUUCAGCCCCCAGCGGUUCCCCAACGCUGCCCGCGCCUUCGGGGACGAGGCCUAGGGGGCGCCUGGGCCCCCCGCCCCCUAUUUAUCCCCUGCCAAUAAAGCCACUUGGUGUCAG